UCUAAAGGAGAUUUUGCAGGAAGGGCGGCAUGCCUCCUUCCUGAGUGCGGCUGCUGGGACAGCACAAAAGAAAUAUGUAGAAUCUGGAAAGUAUCUGCUGUUUUGUGUGACUGAAUGAAUUGGGCGAUCGAUCUUAGAUUGCCUCCAUCGACCACUAAGUUUGGAAUUUGGAAUAUUUGUGAGUGGCCGUUGAAAACGAAAGGCGGGUACAGGUGUUCGAUUUCAUUUUUGAGCGGCGGAAAUUUGACGGCCAACCGUCAGUGUUUAUAUUUGCCUUUGCAAACCGAAUUAGGGCUCUUGUGCAUGUCUCCAGUUAGCUCUGGAGAUACAUUACAAUUGGCAUGGCUCUUCCUCCCAGGCAAUCAUGUGUGGAUCAUGAAGAAAUCUCAUUGGGUGAGAUCAAGAUCAAGACAAAGGAUCCUGCAUGUAUGUGUGAAGUGGAAGUAGCUCCCCAACACUGUUCCGUGGACAUCAAGAGCGUUGUGAUUCCAAUCUAUUUGAAGUUUGUGGAUGUUCGAUGCAGCAUCCGAUUCAAGACUUCAACCUUGUGCCGUGGUUCCUCCAAUAUUGUUGGAAAGGAAAUCCUUCAUGGAGUAUCUGGCGCUGUUGGACCCGGUCAGAUUCUAGCGAUGAUGGGUCCUUCCGGGAGUGGUAAAACCACACUGCUCAGUCUUUUAGCUGGAAGAUCGCAAACAAAUUUACAUUCUGGAUCGAUCACCUACAAUGACAUGGGCUACACCAAGGCACUCAAGCGAAGAAUGGGUUUCGUGACACAGGAUGACGUGCUGUUCAUGCACUUGACAGUGAAAGAAACGCUCCGCUAUGCAGCUUUGCUCAGGCUGCCCAAGAAACUCUCGAGGCAAGAAAAGAUUCAGCGGGCAGACAGUAUCAUCCUAGAGCUGGGCCUUGAUAAGUGCAAGGACACGAUAAUUGGAGGGCCUUUCGAGCGUGGUGUAUCAGGCGGUGAAAGAAAACGGGUUUGCAUCGGGCAGGAGAUUCUGAUUGAUCCAUCCAUAAUCUUUCUGGAUGAGCCAACUUCUGGCCUCGACUCUACAACUGCUUUAAGGAUCCUGCAAUUGUUACAUGGGCUUGCUCAGGCUGGACGAACAGUCAUCACAACAAUUCAUCAGCCCUCUAGCCGGCUUUACCAUAUGUUUGACAAUCUCCUCCUCCUCUCAAAUGGCCACGCUAUCUUCUUCGGAAGAGGGCAGGAUGCUCUGCCGUACUUCAGCUCCAUCGGCCUCAACGCAUCGCUGCUUAUGAAUCCAGCGGACUUCCUGUUAGAUCUCGCCAAUGGUAACAUCAGUGACACGUCCAUCCCUCCAGAGCUAGAGAUUAAGCUUAUACAAAGCAAAGGCGAUAGCAAAGUAGGAAAGCCUCCCGAGCUUGCAGUGCAAGAAUAUCUGGUGGAGUGCUUCAGCUCCGAAGUAGCAUUUAGGGACAGCAGUGUUGAUUCUCCGCCCCAUGCAAAGGACGUGAUCCUCCCGCCGAGGCGCGAGUGGAGCAUCGGGUGGUGGCAGCAGUUUUUGGUGCUUAUGAGCCGCGGAUUCAAAGAGAGGCGGCACGAGUACCUGAGCUGGUUGAGGGUGUUUCAAGUUCUUGUUUCGGCGGUCGUAGCCGGCCUCGUGUGGUUGCACUCAAGCGCCGACUCGGAAAAACACUUACAAGACCAGGUUGGGCUGAUCUUCUUUAUCUCCAUUUAUUGGGCCUACUUCCCCAUUUUCGUGGCCAUCUACACAUUCCCUCAAGAACGAGCCAUGAUCGCGAAGGAAAGAGCGUCUGACAUGUACAGGCUGAGUUCCUAUUUCAUGAGUAGAACACUCGGUGAUCUUCCGCUCAACCUGGUGUUGCCGCUGGUCUUCUUGCUCAUCACAUACUUCAUGGCGCAUUUGAAACUCACCGUGGGGGCUUUCCUGCUUACAGUCCUCAGCCUCUUCCUCAUUGUCAUUGCCGCUGAGGGACUUGGUCUGUUCAUCGGUGCCGUGAUGAUGGACACAAAGCAUGCAACAACUCUGGCAUCAAUCCUUCUCCUCAUUUUCAUGCUCACGGGCGGAUUUUUCACUCACGGCCUAGCAUCAUUUGUGAAAUGGAUCAAGUACGUUUCCUACACUUUCUACGCCUUUAGGCUGUUGAUCAAGGUGCAGUAUAGUCGCUCCCAGGUCUACGACUGCCUCAGCGCAACGGGUUGCAAAAGUAUUGCCUCGGCGCGAGUAAUGGCUGACGUGGACCUGAACGAGGCCGGUCCAAUGGAGGACGUGUUUGCUCUACUCCUCAUGGUCGUCGGCUACAGGAUCCUGGCUUAUGUCGCUCUCAAGAGGAUGAACACAGCCAGAUAGUUGUAAUAUUCAACCA